CUCUCUCUCUCUCUCUCUCUCUCUCUCUCUCUCUCUAAAUCGAUCUCAUCGGAAAUGGCUCAGAGGACAGAAAAGGAGGAGACGGAGUUCAAGGUACCCGAGGCCUUGACCCUCUGCAUCAACAACUGUGGUCUCACCGGUAAUCCUGCCACCAACAACAUGUGCCAGAAAUGUUUCAACGCCACCUCCGCCACCUCCUCCUCCUCCUCCUCCGCCCCCACCACUUCCUCUUCCUCCUCCUCCGCCGGCCUUACGGCCGGCACCUCGGUUCUCAAGUUCUCCGCCGAGAAGAUUCGCAGAUCGGGCUCCUCCAGGUCGCCCGACCGAUCUGGUCUUGCGACGGGGACGAGCAGAAGAGAGGCGGCCGCUUCUCCUCCCUCGACCGAGUCAAACGCCAGGCGAGAGGUGAAUCGGUGCUCCGGAUGCCGGAGGAAGGUAGGCCUGACCGGAUUCCGAUGCCGGUGCGGAGAACUCUUCUGCUCGGAGCACCGGUACUCGGAUCGGCACGACUGCAGCUACGACUACAAGGCGGCCGGUCGGGAGGCGAUCGCGAGGGAGAAUCCGGUGGUGAAAGCCGCGAAGAUCGUCAGAGUCUGAUGAUCUGGAGGGACAAUCCAAAAGGAAGGCUGGAGGAGCCCAAGGAAAACCAAUUCUGAAGGAGAUCUGAGACCCGAUCUCGCUCUUGCUUUCUCAAACAACGGUGAUGAUAACGUGUCGGAUUGAAGAAGGUGGAGAAGAAGGGACGCGAGCGAAUUCUAUAGGAUCUGAAAGAAAUUGAAGUUCAACCAGAAAAAAAAAAAAAAAAAAAAAAGGAGAGACGCCUGUUCUUACAAAUCUCUGAUUAUCCCUUUUUCUUUUCCCGCUUUGUUUUAUCUUUUUUUAUUUUUAUUAUUAUUAUUAUUUUCCUUGUGAUUUUUAGCCUUUCUUUUUCUUUUUUUUUAAUUCAUCCUUCUGGGAAACGAAAAUUAAUAGAUAAUUGUGGUUUGUGGA